GAUGAAAAUAACAGUGUUGUACGGCCAAUGCCUCAAGUCAAGAAGAGUCUCACAGAACCGGUAUUAUUGUAUCAGAUUGUUCAACUUCUACUUACUUACGAUCCAAGUAUUGUUCAGCGGGUCGCCACUUUAGUGCAUCUGGUCAUGCAGCCACAGUUAGAAGGUGCAUCCAACUCUAUUCUUGCUCCACUGCUGCCAGCGGCGGCUAUUUUCUAUCUUGAGGAGUACGGACCUGAUAAAUAUGCGGAGGUUUUCUUAGGCGAAUUCGAUAAUCCUGAGAUUAUUUGGAGCACUCAAAUGAGGCGUCAUCUGAUUGAGCGAAUUGCAGUGCAUGUGUCGGACUUUUCAAACCGGCUCACUUCUAAUGUAAAAGCGUUGUAUCAAUAUUGCCCAAUACCAUUGAUAGACUAUCCAGAAUUGCAAAAUGAGUUGUUCUGUUAUGUAUACUAUUUGCGACAUCUUUGCGAUCGACAGCGAUUUCCGGACUGGGAGAUCAGAGAUCCGAUUCCAUUUUUGCGAGCUUGCCUAGCUGCAUGGUUCGAAGAAUUGGAGAAGAAACCGCCUGUUAUGUCCAUUGAACAAGCUCGAGAAACUCUAGGUCUGAAUACAAUGGAAGAUGGAUGGCAGGAUGCGGCUGUAGUUCGUCGAGCCUACUUCAAGCUAGCCGCAAAAUACCAUCCUGACAAGAAUCCUGAAGGUCGAGAAAUGUUCGAGAAGAUCAACACAGCGUACGAACUGCUUUCGAGUGAUGCUGGUCGCUCAUCUAUGCCUGACGCGCAUCGCAUCGUUCUGUUUCUUCAAGCGCAAAGCAUCAUCUACAGUCGUCAUAGCAAAGAGCUAUCUGAGUAUAAAUAUGCCGGUUACGGGCAGCUGAUCCGCACUAUCGAUUUGGAGGCUCAAAACGCUUCGCUUUUCCAAGAAGGUGGUGGCGCUUUAUUGAGUGCAGCUAUCGAACUGGCAAAUUACACUCUUGUGAGCAGCCCUCUGAACGCCGAACAACUUCGAAGAGAACAGGGACUUGAGGCUUUGCAAACAGCUUUUGAUCGGUGUGUACCAGUAAUCACUGUCAGCUCGUCUCCUACGGAUAUGGCAGUCCAGGUAGGGCUGUAG